AGACUAGAGGGGGAGCCGCUGCUAGACCCACGGUAACUCAGUCGCUACUCGCCACUCGUUACUCCCCAGUCAGUCUACUGCCGCCCCGCGCACGCUCGCAGCACACGCCGCUAGGGAGACAAAUACACCCCCACCUGUUUUCUUUACCAUGGCAAAGACGGAAGAUUAUAAGUACCUGAGUGGGUUCGGCUCGGAGUUCGCCACGGAGGCCCUACCUGGCGCCUUACCUGAGGGCCAGAACACUCCCCAGGUGUGUCCAUAUGGCCUGUACGCGGAGCAGCUCUCAGGCACGGCUUUCACAGCCCCGAGGGAAACAAACAGACGUACUUGGUUCUACAGGAUUCGCCCUUCAGUCACCCACCGUCCCUUCGCUCCCAUCAAACACGCCUUUCUGGAGAGCGAUUUCAGAAAGAGGCACCCGAAUCCAAACCAGCUGAGAUGGAAGCCCUUCGACAUUCCCAAGGAGGAGACGGACUUCGUGGCGGGGCUUCGAACCGUGUGCGGCGCUGGGGACCCUCUCUCCCGCAACGGCUGUGCCAUCUACGUGUACGUGUGCAAUGCCUCCAUGGGGAACUCUGCUAUUUACAACAGCGAUGGGGACUUCCUGAUAGUCCCCCAGCAGGGCACUCUGGAGGUCACCACUGAGUUCGGGCGCAUGCGUGUGGAGCCUAAUGAGAUCUGCGUGGUCCAGCAGGGCAUGAAGUUCUCGGUGGGGGUGAGUGGGCCGUCCCGAGGCUACAUCUUGGAGGUCUACAACGGCCACUUUGUUCUCCCCAACCUCGGCCCUAUCGGUGCUAACGGCCUGGCCAGCCCCCGUGACUUCCUGACUCCCGUGGCUUGGUAUGAGGAUAAGGAUGUUAACGAGUACCGGGUCAUCUCCAAGUAUCAGGGCCACUUGUUUGAAUCCAUCCUAGACCACUCUCCCUUCGACGUGGUGGCUUGGCAUGGGAAUUACGUGCCCUACAAGUAUAACCUCAAGAACUUCAUGGUUAUCAACGCCACAGCCUUCGAUCAUGCGGACCCCUCCAUCUUCACGGUACUCACCUGCCCCAGCACCAAGCCAGGCACUGCCAUCGCCGACUUCGUUAUCUUCCCACCUCGCUGGGCUGUACAGGAACACACCUUCAGGCCGCCCUACUACCACCGUAACUGCAUGAGUGAGUUUAUGGGCUUGAUCUACGGUAACUACGAGGCGAAGGAGGAAGGGUUCUUGCCAGGGGGCGCCUCUUUACACUCCAUGAUGACGCCCCACGGUCCCGAUGCCCAGUGCUUCGAAGGUGCCUCCACGGACGAGCUGAAGCCUGUGAAGGUGGCUGAGGGCACGCAGUCCUUCAUGUUCGAGACGUGUCUGGGCCUAGGACUGACUGACUGGGGUGAGGAGAAAUGCUGUAAGGUGGAAGCAGAUUAUUACAAGUGCUGGCAGGGGCUGAAGAAGCAUUUCAACCCUAACUGGAAACCUACACCCAAGUCUUAAUAUGAUUCUCCUCUCUCUCUCUCUCUCUCUCUCUCUCUCUCUCUCUCUCUCUCUCUCUCUCUCUCUCUC